AGAGGAGAAGGAAGAGAAGAGGGAGACCCAAGUCCUGAAGCUCCCUUUGCUGCCCUCCUAAAGCAAGGAACACAGGAGGAGGAAGGCGGUUCAGAAGAGGGAGAGAGGAGUCCUGAAGCUCCUCUUGCUCUCCUCCUUCAGAGCCUGAGCAGAAGAAGAGCAGAAGAGAAGAGGGCGAUGCGUGCCUGCUCUUAGCGCCCCAUGGAGCGCCUUCCGGGGCCCUUCUUCGAGGCGGAGGCGCCUCUGCCUUCCCUCCUUCCCCAGGGGCAUCCCUCCUUCUUGCACCCGCUGCCCGCUCCCUGUGGCGCCCAUUCUUCCUCCUCGUGCUUGCCGGGGGAGCCUCUCCCGGGGGGCGAGAUCUGCGAGCACGAGACCUCCAUCGACUUGAGCGCCUACCUGGACCCGGGCGCCUUCCACGACGAGUUCCUGGCCGAGCUUUUCCAGCAGCAGAGGGGAGGGCAGACGGCCCAGGCCAGCCCCAUGCCGGGGCCCCACGCCUCCUACGGCGGGCUCUACGCCGAGAAAGGGGGCUUCCACGGAGGGUACGCGAUGCCCGCGGUGAGGGUCAAGCAAGAACCCCACGAGGAAGAGGAAGAGGAAGAGGAAGAAGAGGAGGAAGCCGCCUCCUUGGCCCCCCUCUACUCUCAAGCCGCCCGCUGCGCCCAGACCACCGUCCUGCUCCUGCAACAACCCACGCCGCCCCCCACGCCGGCCCCCAGCCCGCUCCUCCACCACCCCCACCACCCCCACCACCACUCUCAAGCCCAUCAUCCGCAGCUGCUCCAGCUUCCCUCCCCCUCCCCCGCCGCCCCCUCCCCCUCUAAGCCCGGGAGCAAGAAGGCGCUGGACAAGGGGAGCCGCGAGUACCGCCUGCGCCGAGAGCGCAACAACGUGGCGGUGCGGAAGAGCCGCGACAAAGCCAAGCUGCGCAACGCCGAGACCCAGCAGAAGGUGCUCGAGCUCAGCGGGGACAACGAGAGGCUCCGCAAGAGGGUCGAGCAGCUCGGCAGGGAGCUCCAGGCCCUCCGGGGGCUCCUCCGCCACCUCCCCGAGGGACAGCUCCUCAAGGCCAUGGGCGCACACGCAUGAGACCCCCCCCCCCCC